GUCAUCACCGUGCGCCGGCACUUCCAGCCCAGCAUGUGAAGAAAACACGGGGAGGUUUUAUUUUGACAUUUGACUUAAUGCGACGUUCACGAGCCGAAGUUUAACUUUUACCUCCACGUUACGACUCGAGGCGGAAGUGGGGCUCGCACGGGUGUGUGUUUGUUAGCGGGCAGCAUGGACAACAUGGAUGAAGGGAUGAUCGACAUCCACGGAGACGAGGAGAUCAUUGAAGUCAUCGAGCUGAACGAGGAGGAGCCGGGUCCUGAUGAUCUGGCCGACGACCUGGAAGACGUGGACUUCGAGGAGUCUGCAGAAGCAAACUAUGAUGACGAAGGCUGGGAGACAGAUGACGAGAUGGAGGCCGAGCAGGAUGACAGCGAGCUCACCUUCUCCAAACACACCGGUUCGGUGUUCUGCGUGAACUUGGAUCCUGCGACCAACAGCUUGGCCGUGACCGGAGGAGAGGACGACAAGGCCUUCGUGUGGAGGCUGAGCGAUGGGGAGGUGCUGUUCGAGUGCACAGGGCACGCCGACUCGGUGACGUGUGCCAUGUUCAGCCACGACUCCUCGCUGGUGGCCACCGGGGACAUGAGCGGCAUGAUCAAAGUUUGGAAAGUGGAAACCAAAAAGGAGAUCUGGUCUUUCGAGGUGUCAGAUCUUGAGUGGUUGGAGUGGCAUCCCUGUGCUCUGGUGCUGCUGGCGGGAACAGGCGACGGCAACGUGUGGAUGUGGAAGAUCCCAUCAGGAGACUGUAAAACCUUCCAGAGUCCUGCGUGCCAGGCCACCUGUGGCAAAUUCCUGCCUGAUGGUAAACGGGCUGUGGUGGGUUAUGAUGACGGGACAGUACGUGUGUGGGAUCUGAAGAAGGGCAACGCCGUCCAUGUCGUCAAAGGUCAGGACGGACACCGGGGAACUCUGACCUGCCUGGCGUGCAACAAGGACAGUUCUCUGGUGCUGACGGGUUCAGUGGACGGCCGCGCCAAGCUCAUCAACACCGCCACGGGAAAGGUUGUUGCAGUAUUCUCUACGAAUGAAGGAAACCCAAAAGAAUCGAUAGAAGAUGAAAUAUCCGUCGAAUCUGUGGGAUUCUGUAACAUCCUCCCUCUCAUCGCGGUGGCGUACCUGGACGGGACUCUGGCCAUAUACGACAUCUCCUCCCAGGUCCUGAGGUACAGGUGCCAGCACCAGGCCGGCAUCGUUCACCUGCGUUGGGAGGAGUCUUCUUCUGUGGUUUCCACCUGCAGUUUGGACGGAGCCCUGCGCUUAUGGGACGCUCGCUCUGGCAACAUGGUGUCCGAGUACCACGGCCACAGCGCAGAGAUCCUCGACUUCGCCAUCAACAGGGAAGCGUCUCACGCAGUCACCGCCUCAGGAGACAAACAGGCGAAAGUCUUCUGCCUUCAAAGACCCGACCGGUAGACCCAGAUGGAAGAGGCGGGACAAAAAGAAGAGAGAGAGAUAUUUUUCAAAUAAAUAUCCGAGACCUUGGAUUGAACAUUUUUCACUUCUCCUCAGGAUUUUAAACAAUAUUCAUGUGUGGUCUCACUAUUUAAUCUAAACGUUUGCAGAUGGAUUGUUGCAUCCAAAAGAUUAUUUCUCCCUUUUCCACCAGUACUUCAUUUUACCCAUUUAAAGUAACUGAGUGUAAAAGGAAGUUAUGGUCACUAGAUCUCUUCUACACAAGUUUGGAGUGUGACUCAUAAAAACAAACACACACUAACACAAAGUGGAGUUCAAUGAGUGAUACAUUAUAGUGUCCAGUUUUUGACAACCCACUCAAUAUUCUGUCGUCUAAAAUGUUUCAGAGAUACACACUCAUUUUUUCCUGCUGACUAAUUUUUACUUUAAUUGGAUUUUGUUUGCUAAAUGACAGGACGACAUUUCUCAGAGUUUCCCUCUCGAGUGUGUGUGUGUGUGUGUGUGUGGUCUUCAUCUCUCAGACUUAUCUCACCAAACUUUGAUGUAAACUAAAGUGUAAAUACAAAAAUAUCCCUCUGGGUAAUAAAUAAAAUCCAUUUUCAACCAAA